AUGUGUUUGGAAAGCAUAUUCUGGUGGACAAACGAAACAAUAAAUAUUUGGAGUCACAUAUUCGGAUGGAUGUUGUUUUUAGGUUUAACUUUAUACGAUUUAUUAUUAUUAAAUAUCCACGCAUCGUUUACCGAUAAAUUUAUCGUUGGAGUGUUGCUUGCUUGUUUUCAAAUUUGUAUGAUUUUAUCUUCGCUGUAUCACACGUUUUCCUGUCGGUCGGAAAAGGAUUACGAUUAUUAUUUAACAUACGAUUUAUUAGGGAUUAGUUUAAGUUUAUUAGCAAUUUAUUUAUCGGGGAUUUAUUAUGCGUUUUGGUGUCACGUGAUGUGGCAGCGAUUUUAUCUUUCUACGGUUUUUUUAAUUUUUGUUUUUGCUAUGAUAUUACAAAUGCCAAGAUUAAACGUUAGCUCAAAUUUAAAAUUAAUGGUUUUCGUUGCAUGGGGUGCUUACGGUGUAGUUCCUACGUUUCAUUGGACUGUUAUUAUGGGAGGAAUUGCAAAUCCUGUCGUUGAGUUACUCUUGCCAAGAGUUCUUGGAAUGUAUGCUAUUAGUUCAAUGGCUUUUAUCAUAUACAUAACUAAAAUCCCUGAAAGAUUUUGUUCAGGUAAGGUCGAUUUUAUCGGAAGUUCUCAUCAAUGGUGGCAUUUUUUUGUCGUCGGUGCUCUAUAUUAUUGGCAUAAUACUGGUAUUAAAUAUGUAGAAUAUAGAAUGAACCAUGGCUGUUCUACAAAUCUUCAACUGUGA